AUGUAUCCGCAUCGACUCCACAACACCAACUAUCUCUCCUAUUUAAUUAGAAAAUACAAUGGCGAACAUGUAACAAUUCUACAUGUAGAGAUUCCGGAACGUGCAGAAAUGGAUUCAAUUUCAUCAUUUGAGAAUGGAGAAUUUCAUUUUGUAAGAAGAAAAACAGAUAAUAAUAAAAACAAUAAAAUAAGAAAAAAUAUUCAAGGAAACUCUUGGAAGCAGAAUGGAUCAGAAACUAAAAUCAAAGCACCCGGUACCGAAAAGGUUAUCGGUAUCAAGCGAACCCUCACUCUCCAAGACAAAAAGCGAGAUUUCAAAUUGUGGGAAUUCACACUGGCCGACUCCAACGGAGAAGAGAUCAAGAGUCUGAUGUUGCGCCAAUUCCUGAGGGAUACCAAAGAGAACGACCAAAAGAAAACCUACCCAGAUCCCGACAACAAUAUGAUAUAUUCAACACCCGAAGACUAUCAUAACAACAAUAACAAUAAGAAGGUCGCUGGCAAUGCUUUUGGGAAUACUCAGCAACUCACAUCAAGUGGCCGAGCCGAAAGUGCCUCACUACCAAACAUAAUGCAUCUCAACACCCACAAUUUCUCAAAUACACACACGAUGAGUAAUCCUUCUCAUCAUCAUCAGCUUUUCUAUCACCAGAUUUCGUCUUCUGCGCCAUCGUCAUCUUCAUCCUCUCCGGUACCACCACCUCAUCAUGGUCAUCAUCAACAUCACUCUCUGCCACACAUAGAUUAUGCCAACUAUAGUAACAAUAGCAAUUUUCAUCCACUUGGAAACAUUCACUAUCAGAAUCGCAAUGAUUCUGGAUUACCCAAUCCACCUGUAAAUCCCAAUUCCGUCGUUCCUACAAACUAUACAUUUGGGAAUAACUCCAACUACUCUGCCAACAGAGCUCAACCCACUGGUUUUCAUAGUUUAAUCUCCGAACCAUUGAGUCAAUAUCCUCACAUUCAACAUCACUUCUCACCACCUCAACAUCCUCAAAGUGGUUAUGAAAACAAUCCAUCAUUCCAAGCACAAUCAGCUUACCAAAAUCAAAUUCAUAACAAAUCAAUGUAUCAUCCUCAAUUCAUGUUACAACAAUCUCGCGAAGAUCAACAACAACAACACCAACAGCAACAACAACAACAACAACAAUAUAGAAAUGUACAUAUUCAACAACAUCACAACAAUAGUAAUUCCUCACUCAACCAAUUCAAUUAUCCAUAUCAACAAGGUACAUUAUCACCCCCUGCAACAUCAUCUUCAUCGUCCGUAUCAUCGUCAUCUUCUUCUUCUUCUUCCAACUCUUCAAUUGGACAUCCAUCAAGUAUUCCAAUUGGAAAUCUAACCUCUUCAUCGAAUAGUGGCUAUGGAAUAUCCAAUAGCAACAACAACAACGAUUUAUCUCUACCGAGAAUCUUUAAUGGUGCAUCUGUUCCUCACAACACAGGUAACCAUCAACCAACUAUGUUCCCACCACUUCCAACCGGUUCGCAAUCAAAACACACUCCCAAGAAGCAUCGUUCUGAUUCCGAACAAUAUUCGAGCUCGUCAUCAUCAUCCUCUGCAUCAUCUUUUGACAAUAGCACAUCAUCUGCUCCGUCAAACUUUCAUCUCGCUCCGCCAUUCCAAUCUGGAUCGGCAUCAAUCAUUCAUAACAUGUUAGGUUCAUCCUCAAACACUCCAUCACCAUCUUCGCCAAUCAUCACCUACAAGAAGCCGCCUUCACCACCAUCACCACCAUUCAACAAACAAUCUAUGCACAAUCAUCACAGUCCCAUCACCACCACCACUACAACCACCACAACCACAACCACCGGUGCAUCUUCACCCGCUGGCAACAAACAAAUCAAAAGAAAAGAAAAUUUCGACAAGUUAGACUUUGCCUAA